UGGGACGUAUAGAAGGCUAACGGGUAAUAUAACCUUGACCUAUAAUUCCGUACUGCAAUUCACUUCACUUCUCGUAUCCGUGCCGCACCUUGCCUCUCUCCCAAUUCUUUAUUUCAGACCUCAAAUAACACCAUAAAACCUCAGAAUGGCAGUGUCCAGGGAACUCGCGGAAGUCCAGAGGCUUGUAGCAGCUGAGGCAGCAGGCGACACAAAUGCACAUGGAGAACUUUUGAGAGCAAUUCGCCAGUUGCAGCUAGCGGUAGAAACACCAGUAGAGACGACCUCGCGAUUUAAUUUCCAGAUUAUGCAGAAUAUCUCGAUACGUGUCGCCAUCGAGAAACAGUUUCUUCAUCUUAUCGCAGCCCGAAAUGGCGCGCCCAUCACAGCGUCUGAGAUUGCAAACAAAACUGGAGAGAAUCUAUUGCUUAUUGUGCGUGUCAUGCGUGUCCUGACAGCCAUUGGUCUAUGUGAUGAGGUUGGUAAUGAGACAUAUGCCGCCAACGAAAAAACACACUUCAAGAUUCUGCCCGGAUCCGUAGCUGCUGAGAAGCAUCAUUUUGAUUUGGACUUUGGCAUGGGUGGUAGGCUUGUCGACUAUAUGCGAGGCCCAGGCAUUCAACAAUUUGCCGAUGAGCCUGGGGCAACCACUUUAUUCAAAUAUGCCCAUGGCACCGAUGUCAUCUUCGGGCUAUUAGAGAAGAACCCGGAGCAGAAGCAGGCAUUUGAUGACUACAUGGCAUCACGACGAGUAGCCAAUUUGCCCCAGUGGUUCGAAAUAUAUCCCGCAGCUGAGAAGUUUGCCAACGCCCGCCGGGACUCCAACGCUACCUUGAUGGUUGAUGUUGGGGGAGGGCCCGGGCAGGAGCUGAUCCGAUUCAAAGAGAAAUGUCCGGACAUUCCCGGUCGUCUAGUGCUUCAGGAUCUGCCCUUGACCCUUCAACGCAUUGAGAAAUUGCCCGAGGCCAUUGAGCCGAUGGAAUACGACUUCUUUACACCGCAACCGGUGAAAGGAGCUCGUGUAUACUUCCUCCGCGAUGUGCUGCACAACUGGUCUGAUGCCAAGAGCACCCAAAUCCUAUCGCGAAUUGUCGAAGCCAUGGACCCCGAGUAUUCGACAUUAUUGAUCGAUGAUUACGUCCUGCCUGACACUGGGGCAGAUCUUAGGGCUGCGGAAAUGGACAUUCUCAUGUGGCUUCACACUGCUGGGUUGGAACGUACAGUCUCCCAGUGGAAGACCCUCUUCGGUACUGUUGGCCUUGAACUAGUGAAAAUAUGGCACUCCCCCAGAGGUAAUGAGUCCGUCUUGGAAACUCGAGUGCAGCAGAAGUAAUUGGUAUAUUGUUGCUGUAUGAAUGCUUGACACGGCAAAUGCGCGUAUGAUAUAAUUAGACGAGUUAACCUUUUGCAAAGUACUGUAUAUCUCUUCCCAUGUUACUACCAUCAAA